ACAUUUUCAUUAAUCUGUGCUUUGUAGUUUGUACCAUCUUUUAGUUGAUCAUUAGCUAAGUUGUUUCUGAGAACUAUCACUACAGAAAAAAAGAAAAAAGAAAAAAUGUCUCUGAAGGGUAAGGUGGGGACUGAAAUAGAAAUAAAAUCACCCCCAGAGAAGUACUAUAACAUCUUUAAGGGCCAAGCCUACCAUGUUCCGAACGCCGCUCCUGACCAUAUUCAGGGGGUUGACGUUCAUGAAGGUGAUUGGGAGACACAUGGCUCUGUCAAGAUCUGGAAAUAUACACUGGAGGGGAAAUCCGGCCUGGUUUUCAAGGAGAAGGUUGAAUAUGAUGAUGCAAAUAGGUCAGCAACCCUUAUUGGUGUUGAUGGAGAUAUCAUGCAGGAAUACAAGACCUUUAAGGCCACCUAUCAGGUUGUUCCGAAGGGUACUGGAAGCUUGGCCAAAUUGAACAUUGAAUAUGAGAAACUUAGGGAGGAUGUGCCAGCUCCAGAUAAGUACAUCACUCUGAUGGUUAAUAUCACCAAAGGUAUCGAUGAGCACAUUACUAAGGCAUAAUUGAAAGGAUGUAUCGGCCUCUAGUGCUUGUAUAAAAUAAGCAUAAGGCUCGCAGUGUAUUUAACCAAGCAUGUAUAACUAUGUUUUGGGAUCAGAUCUCUCUAAUGAAGUACCUAUGGUUUGUAAUAAAAUAAUGAAGGGUGGUUACGUACCAAUGGCCUGUAGGUCAAUUGGCGCAUCCAACCCCUUGUGUGAGGCAAGUCAGGGCUAUUAAUAAAGUAAUGGUUUGUUUUGAUAUUAAAA